AUGAUCAAACUCAAUCCUUACCCUCGUACCUUUCGCCGAGUGCUGGUCCGCAACCGCCUCCUCCGAUCCCUAUUUAUCAUCUUCGCCCUCUGGAAUCUAAUCGAGCUCCAUCUCAUUCUCCGCAGCAUCUCCGAGACCGACCAUGACCACAGCUAUCGCGAGAAACCCCGCCAAAAAGAACGAAUCUACAUCGCCAGCAUCAACUGGAACAAUGAACACAUCAUGCGCAGCCAUUGGAGCCAGACAUUGAUCGAUCUUGCCUGGAAGCUCGGUCCUGACAACAUCUACAUCAGCAUUUAUGAGAGCGGCAGCUAUGAUAAUACCAAGGGUGCCUUGGUAGAACUGGAUCAGGAAUUGGCUCGCAUGCAGAUCCCCCGCAACAUCACUUUAUCGCCCGUCACACAUCAAGAUGAGAUCGCUGCCCCACCGGGAGAUCAUGGUUGGAUUGCCACACCCUCGGGGAACAAAGAGCUGCGACGAAUCCCCUAUCUAUCCCAUAUUCGGAAUCUGAGCUUGAAGCCUCUCCAGGAACUUGCAGCGCAGGGAAUCACUUUCGACAAGGUUCUCUUCCUCAACGAUGUCAUUUUCACCCCAAACGACGUGUUCGAGUUACUCAGCACAAACGAUGGAAACUACGCCGCAGCUUGCUCACUCGAUUUCUCCAAACCACCCAAAUACUACGAUACCUUUGCUCUCCGCGACGCGAGUGGCCAUGAAGCUGUCAUGUCAACUUGGCCAUUCUUCCAAGAUCCGGUGUCUCGCUACGCCAUGAAAAACAUGUCCCCAGUUCCAGUGACGAGCUGCUGGAAUGGCAUCGGUAAGUCAAGUCAAGUCUUGCCUUCUCAUCCCAUUUAA